AUUUUUAAUGUAGAUAAAUUUUUAGCAAAUUUGCGCGUGCCAUGCAUUCGCAAAAAUAUUUUUCUUAAAAAUUAAUCGACAAUAAAAAAAAAAUGUAAACAAAAAAUUCCCAACGGCAAGUCACGAAUCAUACAUGUAGCACUGUGAACAGUUGUCCGUAAGUAGUAUUCAUUAAGAAAACCUGUUUUAUAAACCCGGCCUGUGGAGAACGGCUUCACUCACAAUCGAUAUAUUCGAUUGAAAGACAUCAUGUCUAUUUUAAAUUAUUUUACAAAAAAAGAGAGGCCAGUGCUUUUAAACACAGAAACGGACAACUCCAUUGCUCGUCAACUAGUCAAUGAAGAACUAAACGAAGUCUACAAUGAAACGCCCAAGAAGAGAAAACGCGGAAAUUAUACAGUUUUAAGUGACGAAAUGCGCGCCAAAGUGGCAAAGUUUGCAGACGAAAACGGAACUCCAAAAACAUUGAAAUAUUUCGGUGAUCUAAAUUUAAAAGGAAUAAACUGUUCGAUAUUUAAAGAAAACCUACAACUCUGUUCGGAAAAGAAAGCUAAACAUGGAUGUUGAGGAACUCCCAAAGAAAAAAAUGGGGUCGGCCACUUAUGUUGGGUGAGAGCCUUAACAAAAAAGUACAGGACUUAGUCACAGAAAUCCACGACGCUGGAGGAAUUAUAAACAGUAGAAUCACCCGUGCCAUAGCAAAGGGAGUAAUUUUGGCCGAGGACAGGACGCUCUUGACAGAAAAUGGGGGGGAGCAUAGAAAUAACACGUCAAUGGGCGCUUUCGAUCUUGAAACGGAUGAACAUGGUGAAAAGACGUGGAAGCAGUACAGCAAAACCAGAAAUAAAGAACUUAAAUGAACUGAAAACAAAGUUUCAUGAGAAAAUCGAUGAGCUUGUUACCAAAUAUAAGAUCCCCCCACAGUUGAUAAUUAACUUUGAUCACACUGGCGUUCAAUUGUUACCCGUGAGUCGUUGGACAAUGGCAGAGAAAGGCUGUGACAAAGUAAACAUCGUGGGCUUGGAUGACAAAUGGGAAAUCACAGGUGUUAUGGCCGGGGCAUUGAGUGGGGAUGUCCUGCCACCACAGGUCAUUUACAAGGGGAAAACGGAUUUGUUCCACGCCAAGUACAACUUUCCCGACGACUGGGAUAUUACCCAUACUGAAAACCACUGGGCAAACAAGGACACAAGUUUCCGCUAACUGGAUAAGAUUAUCGUACCAUACGUUAGUAAAGUUCGCGACGAGCUCGAUCUUCCCCUGCGCCAAAAAGGCCUAAUCAUUCUAGACUUUUUCAAUGCACAACUGUCAGAAGAAUUUAGAGACCGCAUGAAAGAGCUUGGACUCGUAUAUGUGUAUGUCCCUCCUAACUGCACCUCUGAACUCCAGCCAAUGGAUUUAAGUGUUCAGAAGAUCGUCAAGGAUCAUAUGCAAGAUCGAUUCGAAACGUGGUAUGCGGAAAAGGUGGCCACCAUACUCCAAGCCGGGGGUGAACUAGAAAUAAACCUAGGGAUGUCCGUUCUAAAACCGUUAAGUGCCAAGUGGCUCGACUCAUCCAUCGCCUAUCUAAAAUGAAAUCCAGAAAAGGUGUUUAACGGGUUUAAGAAAGCCGGCAUUUCUGACACACUGGGACUCUCAUUUAAUUUUUAAAGUGACUGUGUGAUAGGUGCCUAUCGUUUUAACAGUACGAACUUUUGUAUUUAAAAGUCAUAAACCAUCUUUUAUUUUGUGUUUUAGAAUCAUCUUGAUCUAUCUUUUAAACACGCAUUUCACCAUACAUGUAUGUUUUAUUGUAGGCCCUAAGAACUGUACGUGAUUUCAUGCAUGUUUUUUUUUUUAAAAUGCUGUGUUUAAUUUUUAAUUUGGCUCUUAUUACUGCACGGGUUUUUAAUAAAACUAUUUUUUAAAAUUGUUUUAAUAAAACUGUUUUAUUUUUUCUAUGGUUCUAAGUUUAUUUCUAUAUUUGAUUAUCCAAUACCGGUAGUCAAAUAAAUUAUUUAAAAGUCGGGAUCGUUAGUCAAAAGUCGG